GCACAACUUUCGAGGCAUUCGAUACAAGCGUGUUAAUAGUGAGUGAUCGCGUUUGUGGAUCGUUAAUUCAAAAUAUUCAAUGAAGUAUUCUUACCAAACUUCUCGUAGUUAUAGCUAAAGAAAUUGUAUAUAGAACACAUUUACCAGGGAACGCAAAGAUGUACUGAUUUUGUUCAAGAAGUCUUGGAGACAGUUAUUGAAUUAUUAUCAACGAAGACGUUUAUUAGAACCAAUGUCCGACGUCAACGAACUGCUGAAAACCUGCCGAUUUUGUCUUCAGGAUUGUUCCGGAGGCAAGAAAUCCGUGCCAAUCAAUAAUUUGGAGCAAACAAUCUAUGAAUUACUUGAUAUAAAGCUGAGUGACCACGAUCAUCAGUCCGAGUUGAUGUGUCUUUCGUGUCACGAGAUAAUCUGCUGUUUUGAGGAGUUUAACCGUACGAUAAAAAGCAAUCAAAUCUCGCAACUAACAGCCAUCGCAAAUCUCAAUUACAUCAAUGGUGAAAAUAGGACCAUUUCCCCAGUGGAUCGUUGUCGGCUGUGUACCAAUAAUUACGGCAAGAAUAACAAAAUGUAUUCCAUUAAGGAGGUGGAAGAUAAACUGAACGCAAUUUUCGAUCUGAAGUCCUGUGAUGAACUCUCGCAGCAAGUCUGUCACGUAUGCUACGAAUCCAUCGGUUAUCUGUAUACAUUCAAAGAAAUGGUUCUCGAGAAUGCAGCAUAUCUAGAUAAGGCUUUGGACGAAGAGGAAAAAACAGAAUUGUUGAAUGGUCACUCAAAUGGGAAUAGAGUUGAAGAUACUAGAGAGCAAGUUUUACCUUGCCCUUAUUGUGGCGGAAGUUUUUCCCAGAAAAAGGACCUUUUGCAGCAUCAUGCCCAGCAUCACCCGAAAAACAAGCUUUUCGAAUGUGAGCAUUGCGAUAAAACUUUUCUUGAUGAGCGAACGUUGCAAUGUCACGAAUCAGCGUGUUGGCUUCAGAAAACGAACACUAAACGGGGUACAUUUCAGUGCGAUGACUGCAAAGAAACGUUGCCCUCAUUCACUUUGCUGACCUACCACAAACGGUUUAAGCACAUGUCGGAAAAGUUUACCUGCCAGGACUGCAAUCGAGUGUUUCUAAUGAAGCUACAGUACAACUGGCAUAGAACCCCGAGACGCUACAAAUGUGAAACCUGUGAGGAACCAUUCAAGCUGGUAUGUUUACUCCAUCGGCACAAGGCACUGAUCCACGGUUUCACGGUCGGCUAUCAGAAGAUUGUUUCCCCGGAGGACCCGGACCUGUCUCUUUUCAAGUGUGACCUUUGCGAUGGCUUCUGCGAGGACCACAAUAUCAUGAUCACCCAUAAACAAUCGUGUUUCCCGCCCAGGUCGGACUCAGCGACUGAAAGCAUUCCUAAAAAGAUACUGUACUGCAGAAAAUGUAAAUUAAAGUUCGCACAUCCACGAAGCCUGAAAAAGCACAAAUGCCGCUUUCUGAAAAAGGCUGUCAUAUCCUAUCCUUCAGAAAGUGACAAAUCUGCUGACUGAAAAUAAGAAGUGGUGAAAAAUUACAACCUGGUGUAUUAUUUAAAG